AUGGCCGAACCCAUGAUAUCUGGCGCUCUGCAGCCACCGAACGACCCCCCUCCUCCUGGGGAUGAUCGGGGUGCGCGCCACGACCGCCCCGACGUCCCCAUGCAGGAGGACGUCGAAGAAGCCCUCGAGGGAAAGGCCGAGGAGGCCUUGGACGAGGAAAGGACCAUAGUUCUCCCAUCAGCCCUCACGGGCUGA